AUGGUCAACAUGAUGCUCUGGACAACGCUGUCCUUCUCUGCCGUCGUUGCACACGGCUCCAUCAUUCCCCGACAGAACGCGGGCGGCCUGAACUGGGCUGCACUUAUCCGCAACGCGCCAGAGGUUCAACGCCAUCAGAAGAGUAUCCAGCGAGCCCUGAACAAGGGUCUUCCGUACUCGGAGGGCCUGCUGGAAGCCUCUGAUAAUCUCGUCAAGUUGGAUGGCUUGAGUGACAAAGAGCGCAAGUGCAUGUAUCUGCGCAACAAUAUCAAAGAAGAUGGAUUCCAAUCAUAUAUGGAUAUCAACCCACAUCCUGAUGCCCCUGACCAGAUUACCGGACCCGUGGAAAAGAAGAUUGAAAUCACUACGUCUACGGCAGUGGUUGAUGUUUCGAGACUGGGAUGGAACAAGGAGGUGGCGACGGAAAUCGGCGGCUCGGCCACGGCUGAAGCGUCAGGCGGAAUUGGCGUCUUCUCGGCCUCUCUCUCGGCGACCGUCUACGGCAAUCAGCGUACAUCUGGUGGCCAAAACGGCGAAGCCUCCAAGCAGACCGAGUUUAGACAGGACGUCCGAAGAGAGGAAGUUUGCCCCCCAAACAGCAUCUGCCGAAUCAUGACCUGGACGUACACCAGGACCAUCAAGGGAAAAUGCUUCCUGACGCCUUACUUUGACGAAAAGUGCUAUACUGGUGACAAGAGAAAGGGAAAGUACAGUCUUGGGCUUUUCCCCAGCUGUCCGCCCCUGGAAGGCGUUGCCACUCAGUUUUUCGACUUUAACUACGACAAUUACAAGUCUGCGGCUGGAUUCGGCCCCGAGAACCAGGGCGUCAAGAUGCACAAGCCGGCAAUGAUCAAGGCCAACAAGUACGACGAAGACUGCACCUUUACGUACGCGCUGCGGGACGAGAAUGGAAUCCCCGUCAAAGCCUCGGCCAACAUUAUCGAGACGGAUACCGACUCUGCAAAAAAAUCUGCCGUCACCAAGACUCCCAAAGCCGUGGGCUGGUUCACCGACGAAAAGGACGUGAGAUCCUGCGAGCUCGAGGACGGAUGGUUCAUGCAGGCCAACAAUGCGUACUACAUUCCCACCGAGGCGGGCGGGCAGGGCAUUUGGGAGUACCGCGACGACUUGCCCCAGCCCGAGGGCCUCGAGGAAAAGUGCCCGCAGCACUCGUCGCUUUCCAAGAGAGCCGUGACCGGCCGCGACAAGAAGGGCCCGCCUCCCAACAAUCUCUUCAAGGUUGUCAUUAUUGACGACGGCGUGCCUGAAUUUUUGGAGAAGCUGAACAGCAACAGCAACGAGGGCUACGCGGCGAAUACCAUCUUGGACGGCGAACUGGAGGUUGAGGACCCGGGCUACAUUAUCAAAGACGGCCCCGGUGAGCCUGAGCCUGAGCCCUCUGCCCAGUUCUGCGUGGCUCAGCUCAACAAAUAA